UUUACGUUCCAAACUUUUACGGUCAGCAGCAGUAUCUCCGCUUCUUCGGUCUACACACUGUCGUCACAUUAUCUACGUUACUUUAAAAAUACUUUGCGUAAACGUUUUAGGAUACCAUGGAAAUCCGUGUGGUCAUUGUUUUCGCUGUUCUGUGUGCGGCCAGUGGUCAGCAAUACGUAUGGGACAUCCUGAAACCAGCCAUGUCAGCAGCGGAAGUGAUCAAUAUUUUAUCCGUUGCUAUGCCUGGAGAGUCGUAUCCUGUACUGGCGGAAAUACCGGUUAGCAUUAAAUUCGACUGUGUCGCGCUGACGAGCCCGGGAUUCUAUGCGGAUGUCGACACACGCUGUCAGGUUUUCCAUAGGUGUGAAAUCAAUGGAAACAUGACCAGCUAUUUGUGCACCAAUACGACUGUUUUCAACCAGAUUACACUGGUCUGUGAUUAUUUCUUCAAUGUUGACUGCGAAAAGUUCGCUCAGUAUGCCGGUUUCUCCAAUUCCCGUCUAUACUCAGACAGACCGCUAUUCGACACUCCUCCCGUUGACUACGUCGUCCCCAUGUCGCCUAAGAUGCAAGCCUUAGUGGGCGGUGCCGGAUUCCGCUCCGCUUCACCUGCACCAAAACCCGGCCCGAGAAAAGCUGCUGCCGCGCUCAUAUAGAUCAUAAAUAAAUAGUACGUACAUAGUAAAUUUUGAACGAAGAACGAACGCUGAACGAACGCCGUAUUGU